AUGAAUCUGUUUUUCUUAUCUGAAACAGGGGAGGAGGAAUUGGAACAACAUUAUGAGGCACCCUCCUAUCUUCUCCUUCUCCUUGUGCAUUUUCUUAUUCAUCCAUUCAACUCAAUCACAGAAAAUUCCUCAAGCACCAGUAAAACCCACAAAAACAUGGCUAACCCUUACCGCUAUCUAUAUUAUAUAGGUGGGGAGCCGAGUGUCAUAGCCAGAGGAGGGUAUUCAGGGGUUUUCCCAGAUUCAAGUAGCAAUGCAAUCCAAUUAGCUCAAGAAACAAGCCUUGAUGGAUUGGUCUUGCUUUGUGAUCUUCAGUUGACUAAAGAUUCACAUGGCAUUUGUCUUUCAAGCUUGCAGCUUGACAAUACAACAACCAUUAGUGAUGCCUUCCCUGAUGGUCAGAAGAGCUAUAAUCUCAAUGGACGUCAAGUCACGGGAUGGUUUCCUUUCGACUAUACAAAGGAGGAACUUCUCAAGAGCGUAUUAUUGACGCAGAAUGUGUACUCUAGAGCAAACGCAUUCGACGGAUUGUUGCCUAUUACAACUCUUGAAGAUGUGACCAGCAUUAAGCAUACUCGAGUCUGGCUUAACGUUCAGUACAACUCAUUCUAUGUUCAACAGAAGCUCGAUCCAGUCAGUUUUGUCAGCAAGGCGUUGGCAACUAUGCGGAUAAACGUCAUUUCAUCUCCUGAAAUCGGUUUCCUGAAAGCAAUUAAAGCGAAAUUAACGAACGGAAAGACAAAGCUGAUCUUCCGGUUUCAGAAAAAAGACGAGGUAGAACCCACGACAAAGCAGACUUAUGGCUCGUUACUAAAUAGUUUAGAGAUGGUAAAGGAAUUUGCGUCGGGAAUUCUAGUCCCAAAGGAUUACAUAUGGCCGGUUGGGAGCAAUCUGUACCUGCUGCCUGCAACUACACUUGUAAAUGAUGUACACAAACAAGGGCUAGAGAUACAUGCUUACACUUUCGCAAAUGAUCAUCCUGCAAGCUACAAUUAUAGCUAUGACCCGACAGCAGAAUACUUACAGUUCAUAGACAACUCUCAUUUUUGUGUUGACGGACUGGUGACAGAUUUCCCUUCCACUGCAUCAGAAGCCAUUGCAUGCUUGGCUGGGAACAAGAAUGCAGCUAGACUUCCAAACGGGGCUUUAAUCAUAUCCCAUAAUGGAGCAAGUGGGUUCUAUGCACCUUGCAGCGAUCUUUCUUACCAUCAAGCCAUAGCCGAUGGAGCAGACAUCAUAGAUUGCUCGGUUCAAAUGUCAAAAGACGGAAUUGCCUUCUGCUUGGACACAGCUGACCUAACUGGAGACACAACGGCCCUCCUUACUUUCAUGCAACGAUCAACCACGAUUCCUGAAAUCCAGAAGCAAAGCGGAGUCUUCUCAUUCGAUUUCACCUGGAGCGAAAUUCAAAGUCUAAAGCCUCAAUUAUCAAGCCCUUUCCCAGAAACACCACUUACAAGAAACCCAGCAGAGCAGAACAUGGGAAGCUUCGUGACAUUACCUGAAUUCUUAGACAUUGCAAAAACAAAGGCAGUUACAGGUGUUUUGAUCAACAUUAAGAAUGCAGCCUAUCUAGCUUCUAAAAGGAAUCUUAACAUAAUUGAUGCUGUCAAUACCGCCUUGAGUAAUGCCACUUUCGACAAACAAGUAACUCAGAAGGUUAUGAUCCAAUCCGACGACAGUCAAGUUCUAGCGAAAUUCAAGAGCAAUUCCAACUACGAAACAGUAUUAUCAAUUAGGGAAACUAUUAGCGCCGUGCCAAAGGCAUCAUCAGACGAGAUCAAAAAGUACGCAGAUUCAGUCGCCAUCCCAAGAAAUUCAGUUAUCAAGGCAACCGAAUCCUUUGUAGCUUCUUUCACAAACGUGGUAGAUGAAAUGCAUGCCGCAAACAUCUCUGUUUAUGUAUCUGUUUUCAGAAACGAGUACAUUUCUAUGGCUUUCGAUUACUUCGCUGAUCCCAUGGUGGAAUUGGCUACUUUUAUUGGUGGUCUGGGUGUUGAUGGAGUCUUUACCGAGUUCCCAAGAACUGCAGAUGCAUUACUGAGAAGUCCGUGUGCUAACCCAGAUAAUGAGCCAUAUUCAAUAUUCCCUGUACAACCAGGUUCUCUUCUCCAGCUCACACAACCAGGAGUACUGCCACCUACAGCAGCACCAGCCCCAUCCCUCACAGUGGCUGAUGUAGUAGACCCACCGCUGCCAUCAUUGCUUUCAUCUUCACAGUCACCACCUGCUACCACUGGACCAAGUUCAGGAUGUACAAGGAAAUUCGCAAAAUUGGGGCUUUUGUCAUCUUCAAUAUUAUCAAUGGCAUUCAUUUGCAUAACCUGGUUUAAUUAACAAGAACAACACAAAAAGCCAGCUGCAUUGCUAAACUAAACAUAUACUUCUUCUCCUCUGGUUUCUUGUUUGGUCUGUAAAUAGAUUUGAGUAUGAUGUGAAUCAAGAUUAUGUGUUCUUAUAUCAAUAGUUAAAU